AUGACUACAGCAUACUACAAAAUAGCACCACCAUCAAAUACGCAUUACAACAACCUAGGAUCGCAAGUUAACCAAGGCGCGCAUAAUUUGGGUUUGGGACCAUUGACAACUCACCUAACUGCUAGACGGCACCCAACAGCGAAUUCAGAUGAGAUUUAUGAUAUCCAACAACAGCCGAAAUAUUAUCUCAGAGACAAAACAACAGGAUCGCAUCGCAAUGAGGAACACUACGCUGUUGGUAACAAUCAAUAUGAAACAUCGUCUACCGACCCGAUGAUGCAACAAACUGCGACAGCAUAUCAUUUGUUAUCAGCGUCUCAAGUUAGGCUUCUUGAUCCUGAGAAUCAAGUCUCAUCAGGUCAUCAUCGUUCUCCGCUAAAUGGUAACAAUAGUCAUGAAUCGAAUAAUCCAACUAUGAAUAAGCAAAAGAACAAACCAGUUCCAAUGCGAGCGACAGCAAUCCAACUAACUAAUGGAACUUAUCCUAUGAACAAGAAACAACCAUUAGCUCAAAUAACACAAGCUUCAUUGGAUACGAGAGACAAUGGUAUUGGUAGUAAAACACGACGAAAUAUGACACAGUCACUAUCGGUACCAAAUUAUUAUCGAGGUCGUCGUGAUGAUUUAGAAACUGAAGAUAAUACGAGUUCCAUAGAUGAAAAUAGCAAUAAUAUGCAGAAUCAGAAUCGAACAUAUCGAGCGAAUCGAAAGAAUAAUUCAUCGUUGCCACCUGUUCGACGAGGACAAGGACCACCUACCAAUGGACCUAAUUUCGGUCAUUCAUUAGCACCUGGCCAUCCGUUCCGUCGAAAGUUUCUUCCAAAUGAUGACUAUGCAUCAGAUCAGCAUUCGUCGUACAACGAGAGUUCGAAUGAUCGUAAAGGAUUCAAUAGAAACAAUAAAGAUUAUGAAGACAGUGCUCAACAUUAUAAUGAUCGUGACAUGUACGAAUACCCUCAGCAUGAAAGAAAUGAUUUACCGAAGCAGAGAUCUCAUCCAAGUGUUCAUGAAGCUCUCUAUCUUCAACAAUCGAUAUCCACCGAUAGCUAUCUGGAAAACCAACGUCGUCGAGCAGUACGUGAAUCUCAAGGUUAUUAUUUCCCUUAUAAAAAAUACACGCUAAAAGAUUACAAAGAUUUGCAAAAAACGGAGUCUCAAUUCAAUCCCUAUGGCUCCUAUAAGGCCGAAAAUGUUGAUCGUAAAGAACUGGCCCGAAAACGUAUGCAAUAUGCUUCAAAAAUUGAACGACCUGUAGUCGAUACGAGUGAAGACUAUCGUUCUCCGCGAGAUAUUAGUUCUCGAAAAUCGUUCGGACAGUCACGUGAUUCAGACGGAGCAUCAAAAAGAAAUCGAGCACUUGAGUACGCUAAAUUUGAGGUAUCAAAACAUCGACCAACAAAAACCUCGAAGCAGAAAAAACCUGAUCCAACGGAACAGUAUAUCAACAGUCUCUUUCCCGAAGUUGACGAUGACGAGGAAGAUGAGGGCGAUGAAGAUUGGUCAGAAUACAUUCCAUUCACUGUCCUCAGCCUUUCGGGCUCACCUGGUACACCAGGCGUGAUGGGUAAGCAUAAAAUUGAACUUCUUUAUGUAUUCUAUCUAUACUUGUCAGGUUCUCGUGGUCCUCAAGGCCCGCAAGGGAUAAGUGGUCCUCCUGGUCGUGAUGGAUUUACCGAACGACCGGUGUCAUUCUACGCUGAGUUGUCACGAUUAUUUGUCAUCGAAACUGCUAAUAGUACAGUUCACCCAUGGAGAUUGUAUCAAUCCUAUAAUUUUCGUAGUGUUCCAAAUUAUUUCUCAGCUGAGACAGGGAUUUUUACAGCGCCUGCCGAUGGUCUCUACCAAUUCUUUCUUACAGUUUCUGUUUCCCGAUCAAAAGCCUUGAUCAAUAUUGCAAAAAAUGGUCAAUACAUCUGUCCGAUUAGAAUAGACUCAACGAUAACAGUCAACGACAAAACAAUUGGCUGGGGCUGGACAAGUAGCUCGAUUGAUUGUUUUAUCUAUUGUCACAUUGGUGAUCAAGUAUCGGUGAUCGGUUCUAAUGAAGGUUUUACUUCGCAAAUUUACGGUUAUUCUUAUACAACAUUUUCAGGAUAUAUGUUUUACAGUAAUUAA